AAUAGUUUGAGUGCUAGAAUCGUUGAGCAUUUAGUUAACAAUUAAGACUUAAGAUGUUGACAACUCUUGAUAUGAAUGGAAUCAACAAUAAUAAUAAUAAUGUUCUGUUAAAUUCUGGCCAAUUUGCUGUUUAUGGUGAAAAUAUAUCAGUAAAUCUCGGUUCACUUUCGAGGCCUAAUUUUGUGCUUAAUAAAUUGUUCAUCUCAAUACCAAAAGGAUGUAUUUAUGGAUUGAUUGGUCCAUCAGGUUGUGGUAAGACCACUUUACAACGGACGAUAAUUGGCCUGAGAAAACCUGAUUAUGGUUCGUUAAAAGUGUUUAAUCAAAUUCCUAACUCGAAAGGAUCAAAUAUUCCUGGUCCUUUGAUUGGUUAUAUGCCUCAAGAAAUUGCUCUUGAUGAUGAGUUAACUGUGAGUGAACAAUUAACUUUCUUGGGUCGAUUAGCUGGUCUAUCAAAUGAAACAAUUAAGUCUAAGUGUAGUGAAAUAUUAUCCAUCAUGUCCAUUGCCGAUCCAUCAAAAAAGUCAACACAAUUUUCGACUGGACAACGAAGGCGAAUCUCGUUGGCCUGUUCGUUGAUUCAUUCGCCUGAAUUGUUACUUCUUGACGAACCAACUGUAGGUUCGGACAUUGUUUUAGUCCAUAAAAUUUGGACUUACCUUCGACAAUUGAAUGAAACUGUUGGUACAACAAUAGUGAUUACAACUCAUUAUCUUGAAGAGGUAACUCGGACUGAUUAUUUCGGUUUCAUGGCGAACGGGGAAAUUAAGUUCCAAGGGAAACCAAAAGAUUUCAUGAGGUCAGUUGAUGCUGUUACUUUUGAAGAAGCGAUUCUUAUAAAAUACAAUUCGAGAAAGAAAGAUACAAAGACGAUCUUUGACGAUGAUCCAAUAGAUGAAAUCAAAUUAAAACAAAUCGAACAACAAUCAACCACAACUCAAUCAACGACAACCGAAUCAUCAUCAUCAUCAUCAUCAUCAUCAACUUCAAUAUCAAUCUCUUCAGUUUUCAAACCAAAAAUCAGUAGCUAUUAUUUAAUUGUUUUGCUGCUUUGGAGAUAUUUGCUUCGUUGGAAAACGACUUUACUAUAUCCUUACCUACUCGUGUGCAUUUCCUCAGUAUUUGUUGGCUACUUUCUUACCAACUUUUUUGGCCGUCCAAUGGUUGACCUCACAGUAGCUUAUGUAAACUUAGCUAAUUCAUCAGUAUACAUUUCUAAACUCAAUGAAUAUCUCGUCAGUCGUGAUAUUAAUUUGGUUAAUGUAGCCGAUGAGAUUAUUGGACGUAAAAUGGUUGAAAACGGUCAAGCUGCGGCUUAUUUUAUUGUCCCUCAAGAGUUUGAUCUCGGUCUUGAAACUCGAGUCGCUUCCUCUCUCAGUUCAAACGCAGAUGAAGCUCUUCAACUCGCUGGACGAAUCACAAUGUAUCAGGAUAAAUCGCACAUAAUCAUCUCUGAGACAAUUGUGAAAGAGUUAUACGAAGCCUUGACCGAUAUUAUGAAUUCAAUUGUCUCAUCGAAAGGUCUAAUUGGAAAUCGACUUGAGUACUUCAGCAUUCAAGGUGUAAUUGAACGAACUGAUGAUCCAGAAUUAUUCGUGUCUAUGCCCUUGUUUCUCAUCGGUAUAUUGACUUAUUUUUGUGAAGCUUAUUCCAUGAUGAUGUUUACUUAUUGGGUUACUAAAGAAUCACAUGAACCAAUGAAUGAGCGACUCUCAUCUUUGGGAAUUACGAACUACCAUCUCAAAGGCACCGCUACACUUUUAGCGACUUUUGCCUUAUCUCUAGCCUAUUUCGGAUUGUUUGUAGUUUUCAUUCCGCUUUUUGAUAUUCCAAAUAAAGGUCAUCUAGUGCUCAUCAUUCCGAUAAUUGUUGGUUGUGUCCUUUGUGGCAUUUUCAAGGCCAUAUUACUUGGGUCAUUGAUCGAAUCCGAUGUGACCUGUUUCAUUCUCAACCUCUUUUACUCAGGAAUUACGUGGGCCUAUGGUUGUAUUGCUUGGCCUUACGAGUCAGUCUAUUAUUUCAUUCAACCCUUGACCUACUUGUUCCCUAACCAUGUUUCAAAUGAGGCUGUGAUCAGAAUCAUAGUCUAUGGUGACAUGAUCCACCCGAAAGUUAUCAAAGGCUAUUUGUUCAUAUCGGCAAUGGUUCUCAUUCAUUUAAUUCUGGUUCUACUUACAAAUCGUAAUAAAUCAAAUCUUUAAUCAAUCGUCAUUUUCAUAAUUGUAUUAAAUUUUCUUUGCUUUUCAUUAUCAAGGCAUUUAAAUGUAUUUUUCUGAAGGGAAUUAUUAAAUUGUUCUCAUGCAAUUUACUCUGAUCAUGAUAGAGCAUUCAAUAAAACCUCUCUCAUCAUUAAAGUUCUAAACAAAAUUCUCAUUACUUACAGAGGAUACAAUGAAAAUUAAGUUACAUAUUUGUUUGUAUUUAGCUUUUUGAUAUUGACUAUUACUGGUAUUCCUGAUUGUAUUUAUAUUCACCCGUUAAUCAGUGACUUUGAAACCAGAGAGUCUUGUAUUGCAGUGGCCGAGAAAUUAAUUCAACUUAAUUCCGAUCGAAACCUUAACAAAGUUAAUUCAAUUUCCAAUGAAUCGUUUUACUCAAUCACUGAUCAAUUGUCUUCAAUGGGGAUAAAUGUUCAAAUUAAUGGUCACAAAUCAACAAUUAACGGUAAUUUAAAAAAAGAUGAUCGUAGUGACAAUGAGACAAAGAGAGGGAAAGACAAUACCUGAUGGACCAUAUAAAAGUGUCAACGUUAGUUUUAAUUUCAUUUUAAUUGUUCCAGUGAUCCUUUAACCUUGGCUGUUUUUUUAAAUCUCUGUACAUAGUAGUCACCAUGUUUUUUUAAUCUCAAUCAGUGACAUAAUUUUAAGUAUAACUUUUAACUGUAACUCUUUGUAUCUUAACCAAUCGCUAUAAUUAAUUGGCUAUUAUUAGCUAAUUUAGAUUGUAAUUGUUAAGUGAAUCAUUAAAUUUCUCGCUCGCUGUUGAUUAGAUGAGGCGGUUGUCAUCUUUAGAGGAGAUUCCUGAUGAUUGGGAUCCAAUGGCAGAAGACGCAAAAUGUUAUUCCAAUAAUUAUCGAUACGACGCAACGGAUAUUGGAAAAGUUCAAGAAUAAAGAAAAAGUGUGGAAAAGUUUCAUGAUGGACAUAAACUAAACGAGAGCUCCAUCGCAACCAAUAUCUCAUUAAUCUCACAAAGAAAACUAUUGAUACUGUCUGAUUGGAGUUGAAUUCAUAGACGAUAACCAGACUAAUCAAGAUUUAAUAUCCUUGUAAACAUAAGAUAACUUUAAGAUGAGACUCGAGAAGAUCUUGAGCUUGUCGAUUCUUUGAACAUGAACUAGUUCGAAGUUCGAGUUUCCGAAGCAAAAGAUUCUGUAAAAAGUAAAAUAAAAAAUGUAAAUAAGAUAAUCGAUUAACUUAAUUGUUAUGAUUAAAUCCUUGUUUUGACAACCAAUUAAUAAAUUGUCAUUAAACUGAUGUGUUAUAAUCAUAA